AUGAACAGAUUCAUAGUCUCCUUCAUUUUCCUAGUACUUCACGUAAUUUCAGGAUUUGCUGUAUCCCAAGAUCAUGAAUGUCAGCCAACAAGGUGUGGAGAUUCCGGUCCAACCAUUAAGUUUCCUUUUCGACUCAGGGAUCAUCAACCAGAGCAUUGUGGCUAUCCAGGAUUUGAAUUGUCAUGCACUGAAAGCAACGACACUGAAUUUGAGCUUCAAUUUCCAGUGACAGCAUCAACUAACAAUGUCAUGCUUCCAAUAUUCGCGAAAGUAUGGAUCUGGAAAAUCGAUUAUAGAGCACAACUUAUAUAUAUAAAUGACUUCAUGGCAAAUUACUGCCCUCCAGGGCAGCCUCCUAGUGUGAAUUCAUCGAUUUCCCUUUUCAAGAUAGCUGAAGUUUUCGGGGUUGAAGAGGGAUACACAUUGUUUAAUUGCUCGUCUAACUUAACAGCCAGUUAUCCAUACCCCAUAAAAUGUCUUAGUAGACAAAAAUAUCAAGUCCUAGCUAUUUAUUCGUCAUAUGGGAUUAGCAGCUUGCCUCAGUAUUCGUCGUGCUUUAAGAUGUAUAAUGUUUCAUAUGUUCCAUACUCUGUAUUCACAGGGGAGCACCAAAAAUAUAGCUUUCAUAUGUCUCUGCAUUGGUCGAAACCAUCUUGUGGAAAUUGUGAAGCGAAAGGGAAGUAUUGUCGGUUAAAGAACAAUGGAACAGAAUCUGGAAUGGAAUGCUUCAGCUCUAAACAACAGGGACAAGGUGUUUCAAGAAAACUAAUUGUUGCAGGUAUCGUAGUGGGCGUGCUUCUCAUCUUGUUUCUUAUAAUCGGAUUGUAUAUCGUCUUAAGCUUGAAGAAAAGAAAGAAAGACCAUCAGAAAAAAAUUGAAAGCUUUUUAGAGGAUUACAUGGCGCUUAGGACUACAAGAUUUUCUUAUGCAGAUAUCAAGAAGAUCACUGAAAAUUUCAAGAAAAAACUAGGCCAGGGAGGCUAUGGAAUGGUGUAUAAGGGGAAGCUUUCCAAUCAGAUACUUGUUACCGUUAAGGUCCUAAAAUUUUUUGAAGGAAAUGGUGAGGAGUUCAUUAAUGAAGUUGGUACAAUAGGCAGAAUUCACCAUGUAAAUGUGGUUCGUUUAGUUGGAUAUUGUGCUGAUGGAUAUAGACGAGCUCUUGUUUAUGAGUUUCUACCAAAUGACUCGCUUGAAAAGUUCAUAACAUUGGGAAAUCAGAGCCGUACACUUGGCUGGGAUAAACUUCAGCAAAUUGCCAUGGGCAUAGCCAAAGGACUCGAUUAUCUUCACCAAGGCUGCAACCAACGGAUACUUCAUUUCGACAUUAAACCUCACAACAUCUUGCUCGACCACAACUUCAAUCCAAAGGUCUCAGAUUUUGGCUUGGCAAAGUUAUGCUCAAAGGAUCAAAGUAUAGUUUCCAUGACGGCUGCUCGAGGGACAAUAGGCUACAUUGCACCAGAAGUCUUCUCGAGGAACUAUGGGAAUGUGUCAUAUAAAGCAGAUGUUUAUAGUUUUGGCAUGUUAUUGAUUGAUAUAGUUGGAGGAAGGAAGAAUUUCCGCGCUGCAGAACAGGACAGUAGUCAAGUGUACUUUCCAGAAUGGAUGUACAGUCAACUGGAGAAAGGAGAAGAAAUAGAAAUCGGGAUUGACAAAGACGAAGACAGUAAAAUAUUUAAGAAGCUAACAAUUGCAGGACUUUGGUGCAUUCAGUGGAAUCCAGCAGAUCGGCCUUCAAUGAAAAUGGUGAUUCAAAUGCUAGAAGGAGAAAACGUUCCCAUCAUGCCACCAAAUCCUUUUGCCUCCAUGAAAUCAACAAAUUAA